UACAUCAAAUCAGUUCAGCAAGAAACAUGUGUCCGAUUUCCCCUGCGCUGCCCCCGGUGCCGAAGCUGGAGAACCGUACAGCCUUGGUGACCGGAGCUGGAAGUGGCAUCGGACGCUCUGUGUGCGAGGCUCUUGCAGCGGACGGAGCCCGGGUGGUGGCCGCCGACUGCAACCAGGACGCUGCCUACGGGACCGUGUCCAGGCUUUAUGGGGGAGCUGGGCGACACGUGGCCUUGCAGGUCGACGUCAGUAGCGAGGCAUCAGUUAAGUCCCUCUUCAGUCGUAUACGAGACUCGCCGGGCCUGCCAGCAGUGAGCAUCGUUGUUUGUUGCGCCGGAGUCAAGAACAUUGACAGCCUCGUCGACACGAAGCCCGAGGCCUUCGACCGAGUUAUGUCCAUUAAUCUAAAGGGCACGUUCUUGACGGUGCAAGCAGCAGCCAGCGAGAUGCUAUCUCGGGGCGUGCGGAACGGUGCCGUGGUGACGGUGUCCAGCAUCGUGGCUCGGACGGGUUUGAGCCGACAGUGCGCCUAUGCCGCGUCUAAGGCAGCCGUCGUGGCCUUCACGAAGACGGCGGCGCUCGAGCUGGCGCCGCACGGCAUCCGCUGCAACGUGGUGCUGCCGGGCUUCACCUGACACCGCCAUGACAGCCGACGUGAACGACAAGGACCGCGCCCACGUGGCCGCCUGCACGCCCCUCGGCAGGGCAGCCCGACCCGAGGAGAUUGCCAGAACCAUCCGGUUUCUGUGCGACGAGGCGGAGAGCUCAUUCGUUACUGGAGCAGCCCUCGAUGUCACUGGUGGUCUUCACAUGUGACAGUGAGAAUUGUGGAAUGUUUGGUGACCGACACUGAAAGAACUUUCGCUACGACGACGUCGCACUUGUAGCACCGCAGGGACAACUUAUUUUGAAAAUGCAGUUGAAAAUGUAGUUUUCAUGUGACUUUAGGCCAAAAACACAGGCUAUGUGCCUUCCAACUAUUGUCUCUAUCGCAGACACAUUUCUACUUAACCACCGACUUUGGAAGGGGAAACAAUUUCUGUAGCUCUGAUUUCGGGAAAAUUGGGCAGACAGGCCGGUGUUUCAACAAUAGAGUACGCGAGCACCGAAUGGCUGUGUGCAGCAAUAUAGGCGGUCACAUGGGUUGCCAUUGCAAAAGAGGCGGGUGCAAGCCACAACUGGAAAAAAGCAAAAUUCCUGAAGCGAGCCACAGA